AUGAGUUUUGAAAGCUUUCUUACAAAGGAGAAUUUCGAGGGUUAUGAGGAUCCAGAGAGAUACAAGAAGGACUGGGUGCCUCGGUUGGACAAAUACAGGGCUGAUUUGGAAAGUGCCAUUUUGCCAGAGUACAAGAUCACACUUCCAGAGCCCAUUGAAAAGUUGCAAAAAGACCAAUUCAAUCCAUUGGAGUAUUUGUAUGAGAAGAAAUUGCUCUCUGACGAAGAGAAGCGGAUUACUGAGCUCUCAGCCACGGAAUUGGCCAAGGAGAUUGCUAGCGGUAAAUUGAAGUCAGUUACAGCUUUCAAGGCAUAUGCUAGAAGAGCGACAAUUUGUCACCAGUUUACCAAUUGUGCUCUUGAGCUUUUUGUUGACGAGGGCUUGGAGCGUGCUCAAAUGUUAGAUGAAUACUUUGAGAAGAACGGGAAGGUUAUUGGACCACUUCAUGGAGUUCCAAUCUCGUUGAAGGAACAAAUGGACUACAAAGACAAAAUCACCCAUGGAGGCUGGGUUGGGUUGCUCGAUAGAAUCCCUAAGAAACACGGAGCCACCAUCCAAAUCUUGGAGAAUUUGGGUGCAGUUUUCUACGUCAGAACCAACCAGCCUCAAACGUUGAUGCAUUUGGAUUCGAAUAACAAUUUUGUUGGUACUUCGAGAAACCCCUUCAACUUGGGUUUAUCUUCUGGUGGCUCUUCUUCUGGUGAAGGGUCGAUUGUAGCAUUUGGAGGAAGUUCGCUUGGAGUGGGAAGUGAUAUUGGAGGCUCCAUUCGUGCUCCAGCUGCCUAUUCUGGGUGCCAUGGUCUUAGACCCACCACUCGCCGAGUGGCUCUUUUGGGAGGUAUUUCUUCCGGAGCAGGUCAAGAGAGUGUAGUUCCUGUGGCAGGUCCAAUGGCUAGAUCUCUUGAUGACAUUGACUUGUUCAUGAAGCAUUAUGUCAACGACGGGAACCCAUGGCAAUUGGACCAAUGGGCUCUUCCUUUACCUUGGAGAACAGUGGAGCCUCCAAAGCCAGAAUCGCUUACCAUUGCGGUGAUGUAUGACGAUGGUGUGGUCAAACCUACACCUCCUAUUGCACGAGGACUCAAGGAAGUUGUUGCCAAGUUGAAAAAUGCUGGUGCCAAGGUGAUUGAAUUCAAGCCUAUCAGAGUGCAAGAAGCAAUUGAUACUGUCAACAAAAUGUACAAUUGUGAUGGUAAUUACAUGCAAAAGAAGCUUUUGUCUGCUUCUGGUGAACCAUUGACCAAAUUGACUAAAUGGGCUCUCAAUUAUGGUAAUGGAUCCAAAGAUAUUGGGGUAGCUGAAAACAGAAAGUUGAAUGUUAUCAGAGACCUGUUAAGACAAGAAUACACCGAUUACUUGAAUGCCAACAAAGUGGACUUCAUUCUUGGGCCUGCUUACAACAAUGUGGCUCCUCUUCCCGAAGCAGUAUAUAACUGGUCCUACACUGCCUUGUACAACAUUUUGGAUUUCCCGUCAUUGCUGUUCCAAACUGGCAUGUUCCAAGACCCAACCGUUGACAAAUGGGGUUCGGAACAUAGUUCCUACACCUAUAGAAGUGAGUUGGAAAAGUUGGAAUUGAGUGGAUACGACCCUGAGCUUUUCAAGGGUGCACCAAUAGCUCUUCAAUUAGCUGGAAGACGUUACUUUGAUGAAGAAUUGGUGGCUGCGGGUAAGACCAUAUUGAAGGUGUUGGACGUUGACUUGCUCCACAAAUAG